CUCUCUCAGUUGUUACUUCCGCUCUUCAAGAGAGGGGUCGGGGGCUGCCCCAUUUUUCUCAGUAGGCGGCGGCGGCGGUUUGAGAUGUUCGGCCUCAAGAGAAACGCAGUAAUCGGACUCAACCUCUACUGUGGGGGGGCCGGAUUGGGGCCGGAUAGCGGCAGCGGCGCCUCCGCUCCAGGAAGGCGGCUUUUGGCUGCGGGAAAGGAGGCCACGGCCGGGCGAGAGGUAGGGGGAGGGGAAACCGGCGAGGUGAUUGGCGGAAGCGCCGGCCCGAGCCCCCCGGCCACUCUCGCGCCCGACGCCCGGAGGGUCGCGCGGCCCUCGCCCAUUGGCGCCGAGGGCCCCGACGUCACCGCGACCCCCGCUAGGCUGCUGUUCUUCGCGCCCACCCGCCGCGCCUCGCCGCCCGAAGAGAUGGAAUCCUCGGCCUCCGACGCCAUCAUGUCGCCCGAGGAGGAGCUGGACGGGUGCGAGCCGGAGCCUCUAGGGAAGCGGCCGGCCGUCCUGCCUUUGCUGGAGUUGGUCGGCGAGGCCAGUAACAGCCCCGGCAAGGACGGCUCACUCCCCUCGACGCCGCCCCCAGCAGAGGAGGAGGAGGACGAGUUGUACCGGCAGUCCCUGGAGAUUAUCUCUCGAUACCUCCGGGAGCAGGCAACCGGCACCAAGGACGCGAAGCCACUGGGCAGGUCUGGGGCCGCCAGCCGGAAGGCGUUAGAGACCCUGCGACGGGUCGGGGACGGUGUGCAACGGAACCACGAGACGGCCUUCCAAGGCAUGCUUCGGAAACUGGACAUCAAAAACGAAGACGAUGUCAAAUCUUUGUCUCGAGUGAUGGUCCAUGUUUUCAGUGACGGAGUAACAAACUGGGGCAGGAUUGUGACUCUCAUUUCUUUUGGUGCCUUUGUGGCCAAACACUUGAAGAGUAUAAACCAAGAAAGCUGCAUCGAACCAUUAGCAGAAAGCAUCACAGAUGUUCUCGUAAGGACAAAACGAGACUGGCUAGUCAAACAAAGAGGCUGGGAUGGGUUUGUGGACUUCUUCCAUGUAGAGGACCUAGAAGGCGGCAUCAGAAAUGUGCUGCUGGCUUUUGCAGGUGUUGCCGGAGUAGGAGCUGGUUUGGCGUAUCUAAUAAGAUAGCCUUUUAAGUGCAAUAAUUGACUCUUAACCAACUCCAGCCACCAAAACCACAUACGCCUGCUGUGAAAUCAGAUGUAUUUAUGAAGUUGGACUUAAAGCUGUGCAGGCCAUAACCUCCAGGAGUUCUAGUCUAGCAACGGAGAAAAGCAAGCGGCAGGAGGCUUAUGGCUAACAGGAAUAAAUACAUGGGAAAAGUAGUCCCUCUUGAAGAGUCACUGUCUGAAAGAAGUUGAAAGAAGCGGAGUUCAGUUUCAGCAACAGGCAAACUUUGGGAGGCCACGGAGGAGGACUUUUAGAUUUAGUGAAGACGGUAGGGUGGAGAGACUUUAAUUACUUUGCCUAGAACAGGAAAGUGGCCAGUAGCCAGGCUAGUCAUAGAGUUCAUUAAAUAUGCCCACUGAAUCCAUUAACUUCUAUAGUGUUAAAAUAGAAGCACUAACAACGCCAGCGGCAUGUGUAAAAUGGAUUUAAGCUAUAAGUAAUAGAACCUAUGACUAGAAGCCUCAACACUGUACAACAGAGUGUGAAGGGAAGCUUUAUCCUCUGUAAUUAGUUUUCCUAGAUGUGCUUCUUGAAUAGAAAGUCUAAUGCUCAGGAUGUUUAUACCUGUUCUACUCUGGUUUGGUUUGAGUGAUUCCUAGUUUAUUAGCCUAGUGUCAUGGCCAAGAAUACUUGACUUAAGGCUCAAUUACAAAUCUGGAAUAUGCUGUUUUUAAGACAAAAACUUGUAAUCGUCUGUAAAAAUUGUAUAUAUUUUUACAGAACAUCUGUUUUGAAAUGUAAAGGGAGAAAAGUCUGAAAUUACAUUAGUUUUUUCAUACCCUUUUGAAAUUUACAACUUCUGUAGUUAGGAACCUGUUUCUUAUAGCUUUUUCUAUUCUAAAUUUUGUGCUAGUCAGUUCUAGAUUGUAUACAGAACCAACUGAUGUAAUUGUAUGCAACCUGGUUGUAGUACAACAAUUCUGAUUCAUAACUAUGCAGGCUUUAAUUUUCCUAUCUGAUUUUGGUAAGUAUUUCUUAAAUAGCUGUUUGGGUUUUGUUUUUUGUUUUUUUUUAACCUGGGGCUGAGAAAUUGAGGAAUGGAAAUUAAUCCUUUCACUUUGUUACAUGUGGGUUUUCAAUAAUUGAGUCAAGGUUUUAAGGAUUUAUUGGGGGGGCAGGGCACACGGGCUGAUGACUUACAAAUAAUGGGCUCUGAUUGGGCAACUACUCAUUUGAGUUCCUUCCAUUUGACUUAAUUUAACUGGUGAAAUUUUAACUGAGUUCAUGAGCUCAUCUUCAAAGCUUUUGCUAAAAGAUUUUCAGCUGUUCCAAAUGGGACUUAUUAGGAGUAUGUAUAAAAAGAUCACAUUGGGUGGAUGAGAGACAUUUGAUCCCUUGUUUGCUUAAUAAAUUGUACAAUGAUGGCUUGGAAAAGCAGGCUAUAGUCUAACCAUGGUGCUAUUACUAGGCUUGCUUGUUAAAUGCAGGUCUAAGCCUAGUGAGUUAAUAAAACGAAUACUUAUUUCUUUUCUA